UUUAUUAUUUUGCUAAAUCUAGAAAAAAAUGAUUUUAUUCUUGUGACAGAAUGGUACAAACUCAACUGCGUUCAGUUCAUGAUGAAGAAUAUUGUUUUUAUCCGCUACCUUUAGAAGAAUCUUGCCUUUUUUUAAUUGCGAAUUCUUUCUUAGAGCUCACAUCUGAAAUAAAUGUGAAAGAAAAAAAUGAGUUUAAAAAAAUACGUUCUUUUACCCAAGGAAUAAAAAUUCCAGCCCGAUUAGCUGAAAAGCUGCUUGAAGUUACAUCAUCUAUGCAUCCAACAAUAUCCAAUGAGUCAUUAAAGUUGUUUAGCAAUUCAUAUCAAUAUAAUUUAAAGCAUUUGAAGUUGCCUAAUAUUGAUAUGAGAAUAUGUGGAACUAACUUGUUGAAUUAUUCAGUUUAUCAAUUUCAAUCCAUUGAGUUGACUUCAAACUUCUCAAAUUUUUGGAACAUUACUACACUUUUGCAUUCAUUUUCAAACAGUUACCAGACUCUCACCUCAUUAAAGUUAGACCUGCACCCAGAUGUUAGUAUUACUUCAGGAACAAUAUUUGAUUUUUUUGUAAAAUUUCCAAACCUAGUUUCUUUGUAUUACUACAGUCCUUCAUGCAGUAGUAAAAAUGUAUUUACCAAUCAUAACUGGAAUAGUUUGAUGACAUCAUGUCCAGCAUUACAAGUACUUCAUAUUUACUUCAAUGAAGUAGUUGUUGAUAUUGAGUUGAACUCAGCAAUAUUUCUUAAAAAUCUUUCUUUAAAAAGUUUAGUAUUGUUUCCAUUAUUGAAUUCAAGGAAUCUAUUGAGUUCAUCAGAUUGCAUUAAAAAUUUUUUAUAUCUGCACAAUCUUCAAGAAUUAGAUUUAUCUGUUGAUAUUGAACCUUCAGAAUCAAACCGCAUUGUGCUGGGUAAUAUAGAUUUAAAUGAUCAAUCAUUCGAAAAUUUACUUGAAACUUAUGUAAAUGAGUUUUUAAAUAUUGGAUCUAUACAUUUAAAAAUGUUAAAAUCUCUUGAUAUAUCAGGUAUUUAUAAAUUAAAUGAUAAUUAUAUAAAAACAUUUAUUGAAUCCCACAAGAAACUUGUAUUUUUGGGUUUAUGUAUGUCUCGAUCAAUGUUUUGCAUUAAUGGUGAUGUUACAAGUGAAUAUAAACAAUUAAAGAUAUCUGGUUGUAUGCUGGAAGAUCAGAUUAUUGUUUCACUUUUACGUUAUACCAGGCGUCCAACUUACAUAAAAGAAGUACUUAAAGGGUUAUUUCAUGUUUGCUCUGGAUGGAAAAAGAGGAAACCCUAUAUUUUAAAGAUAGUAUUGGAUAUAAUGGAAAAGUAUAAGCAGCAUCCACAACUACAAAUGGCUGCCACGGCAUGUGUAUUUCAUCUAAACAAAAAUAAUGCUGACAUAAAGACUAACAAAUUAAAUCUUGUUCUCUUGAGUGAUGUUGCAAGAAUAACUUCUACCAUCUUGUCAAUAUACAUUAAUUCUAUGCAAAUGGUCAAAAAUUGUCUCUUGAUCAUCUGCACAGAUGAGAUGUUGCAUUUUGUUAAGUUUGAUCAUGUCACAAUGUGUCGUUUAUCUAUGAAGUGCAUGGUAUUGUUUCAAGAGGCUGAAGAUCGGCACAUAACACGUAUGGCUGUUGCAAUACUCUCUAUUCUAGCUUGCAAGAUACCUUCAGUUGAAAUAUCAAAUUUAAUUCAAGAACAGGAAAUGAAGGUUUUACUUGAUAUAGUGGAAAGACGGUUAAAUGAUAAUAUGAUUGAUGGAACGUUAAAAUUCAAUCUUAAUGCUCUCUGGAAUUUAACAGAUGAGUCUCCAAUCACUUGCAAAUUGUUUAUUGAUUUGAAUGGCUUACAAAAGUAUGUCAGACUAAUCGAGACUUUUAAUGAUGAUCAAAUGAUAACUAAAGUACUUGGUCUGCUUAACAAUAUUGCAGAAGUAAAGUCGUUACAGUGCAUCUUGUUGUUAAAUCCUCAGUUAAUGAAACACAUCAGACGCCUUGUAUCAAGUGGUGAAGUACAAGUUAGUUACUUUGCUUGUGGUAUUAUUGCAAAUCUUGCGAUUAAUUGGAACAAAACUCCACUUCAACUUGAUUAUCUUGAAACUAAUAAAGUUUUAUCAGAAGUGGCUCAAGCUGUAAAAAGAUGGGGAAAAAUCGAUAAAGAAAUAGUUACAUACAGAUCAUUUAAGCCAUUCUAUAAUAUUUUGCAAUGUCAUCAAAUGCAAGAAAUUCAACGCUGGGCUAUUUGGGCAAUUAAUCAUGUUUGCACAUUAUGUGCUUCUCAAUAUCAAGAUUUGAUGUCAAAUGAUUAUAUCGAAUUGAUUGCUGAAAUAAGAAAAAAUAAUAUAUCAGAUGAAUUUAUAACAAAACACUGUGAUGAAAUUUUUUCAGCACUAAAUAAGGAUCCAUUAAAAAUUAAAAAAUUAUAAAAUUUCUUAAUAUAA